CCACGAGCGACGGUGGAGAGCACCUUAACUGGGAAACAUUGCUGUAAAAGAAAAAACUUUUAAGAGGUUAUCUGAAGUGAGCCGUAACGAUGCCUGGCUAAGUGAAGACAAAGUGGUUUAACUACCUACUGCUCUGAAAUCCACUGAAUGCGAUGCCGCAGCAGGAGGACCUCCAGCAAGCCGGGCCGGGAGCCAGGAAACAGCCAGCAGCACAAGGCAGAGCCGAACGUGGAGGACGGCACGAGGCAGAGCCGAACGCGGAAGAUGGCACGAGGCAGAGCAAAACACGGAGGACGGCACGAGGCAGAGCCGAAAGCGGAAGAUGGCACGAGGCAGAGCAAAACACGGAGGACGGCACGAGGCAGAGCCGAAAGCGGAAGAUGGCAGGAGGCAGAGCCGAACGCGGAAGAUGGCACGAGGCAGAGCAAAACACGGAGGACGGCACGAGGCAGAGCCGAAAGCGCAAGAUGGCACGAGGCAGAGCCGAAAGCGGAAGAUGGCAAGAGGCAGAGCCGAAAGCGGAAGAUGGCAAGAGGCAGAGCAAAACACGGAGGACGGCACGAGGCAGAGCCGAAAGCGGAAGAUGGCAUGAGGCAGAGCAAAACACGGAGGACGGCACGAGGCAGAGCCAAAAGCGGAAGAUGGCACGAGGCAGAGCAAAACACGGAGGAUGGCACAAGGCAGAGCAAAACACGGAGGAUGGCACGAGGCAGAGCCGAAAGCGGAAGAUGGCACGAGGCAGAGCCGAAAGCGGAAGAUGGCACGAGGCAGAGCCGAAAGCGGAAGAUGGCAUGAGGCAGAGCAAAACACGGAGGACGGCACGAGGCAGAGCCGAAAGCGGAAGAUGGCACGAGGCAGAGCCGAAAACGGAAGAUGGCACGAGGCAGAGCCAAACACGAAGGACGGCAAGAGGCAGAGCCGAAAGCGGAAGAUGGCAAGAGGCAGAGCAAAACAUGGAGGACAGCACGAGGCAUAAAAGCAGGGUCUCGACUGCUGUAAUUGAUUACAUGCAUCUUCCGUACUGUGGUAGCCCUGGAGACCUCAGGCACGAGGCCCGUCCAUCACAGGGUGCAUAGACAAAUACACUAUGGGCAAUUUAAAGACACCAAUGCCCAUAAAUGAUAUGCUUUAGGACUGCAGGAUGAGACGAGACUAUGCAGAGGACAAUGACAAUACUGCAACCCAACCUCUAGGCCACCUGUAAGACACCUGUAAAUAUUAUUAAUAUUUUUAAUGGAAAUGAUUAAUGGCUAUAAUUAACUCCUCUGUGAUCCGAUAGAUAUGUUGGCAGGCAAAAUUGGUGGGGACAGCUCCCGACCUCCAGUUAGGAAAAAAAUCACAGAAUUUUAAUUCUAAAGUACUGAUUAUAGUUUGUUCAUAUAAAAAAAAAAAACUCACAAUUUAAUGGCCAAAGUUUAACAGCCACAAUUUAAUGACAAAACUUAGUUAAAUAUCAACCAGCACAUGUUUAGAAAUGUACGCAUGCUCAAUGCACAGAGUUAGGGACUGACAUCCUCACACAACUAUGAUGCUGGGCCUGAUGUCGCCCCACGCAACCCCACCCCCUACAUUAAAUGCCACUCAUGUGGCCCUCAUGGAGAGAUACGGAUGUGUAAAUAGGGUGAAUACACAUCACCUAAAUCAGACAAAAACAGCUAGAAAAUUACAGGUCUCUCAAGUGGCUCUUGAAAAUGGAUUUCCUCCCUUCUUAAGGUAAACAUUAGCUUAAAAAAAAUCCCUCUUAAAGACAGGAGCAUAAAAGCGACACUCACACACAUUACUGGCGCUGCACGAGAAAUGUGGAAUUCCCACGACGUCUUUUGGAACCGGUCGAACUGCGUUUGCAGCUUUCCUUUUUUAAAUAACUUAAAACGAGUCAGUCAAUAUGACUGAUAGAUAAGAAGGGCUGCCAGUUCUGAUCCAAAUCUCGACAGAAGGACGGUUGUAAUCUGUUCGAUUCCUAAGCUAUGAGGCAUGGAACAUCAUACUGGGAUUUAGCAGAACAAUCCUAAGCCAUGAGGUAUGGAACAUCAUACUGGGAUUUAGCAGAACAAUCCUAAGCCAUGAGGUAUGGAACAUCAUACUGGGAUUUAGCAGAAAAAUCCACAUCCCGCUGGUUUGUGUGCAAUAAAUAACCAGGAAUGAGAUCCGGCAUGUGAGAAGGACAGGGCAGGUAACUCCAGCAGGAGGUCUAUGGGGCUGAAUUCUGCUCUGAUGAAGCCAUUCAGACACUUGUGGAUAUGAGUGAUAAAACAGGACCUAGGUUUUCCCUCCCACUCCCCUGCCCUUCCCAUAGCUGUCUGAUUCCUCCGGACUGCCGAUUCCGCGUCUGCCCCAGGUAAGCAGAGGCACUCACACUGCUGGCCACCAGGUGGCGCUGCACAGGUUGGGCUCCUGUCCAUAGCUCCACCUGUCUGGCUCUUCCCAUCUGUCGUCUGAUGCCUGACUGGGAAGGGCUCUAUUCCCCUAGUUCCCGGCUGGGGGGUGGGUCACAAAUGGGGAAAUAUUAUUAAAAUGAUUAUCUGCA